AUUCAUUUAUUUGAAGGCAGAGUAAGAGCAUCCCUCUGCUAGUUCACUCCCCAAAUGGCUUCAAUGGCUGGGGCUGGGCCAGGCGGAAGCCAGGAGCCUGGAACUCCAUCCAGGUCUCCCACAUGGGUGAAGGAGCCCAUGUACUAGAGCCAUCUUCUGCUUUCCUGGGCGCAUUAGCCGAAGCUGGAUGGGAAGUAGAGCAGCAGGAUUUGAACUGGUGCCCAUUUGGGAUGCUGGCGUUGAAGGCAGUGGAUUAACCCACUGUGAGGCAGUGCCAUCCCUCUCUGGUUUUCAUACUAGUAUUUCCCUAACAGAAUCUGCACUGCAUAACUCUGUUCUCUUUACUGCUUUGCUUGAUGCAGUAAUGGCUCCAGUUUGCUCUUUUGUCCCCACUAGAGGGAGUUGUAAAGCUAAUAUUUGUUUACAGUCUGUAUUAGUUGACUUAUUGAGUGGAAUUUUCUUGUUUUCCCCCUACAAAGUCCAAGAAACAAAUGGUUGAGUCCUCAGGCUUUUUUUUCUUUCCCCUGAUGUUUUUCUUUAGCUGUUUCUUACUCUUCAUCCAGAUUAUGCUUUGUGAAUUUCUCCUCAUAUGGUAUAGGUACUUGUCAGUGGCUGUCACAAUUGGGAUAGAAACAUUGAAUGUUGCUUGCUAGUACUGAAGCUUGCUUACAUACAUAGAGGUAGAAGUAAAUCUCUUACAGUGACUGGCUAAAUGCCACCUAGAGGAGAAGAGUGAGAAUGGGGAGAUUUAAGCUGUGGUGCCUGCUCUCAUUGGCUCAACCCUUCUCUGAGCUUUGUGCUCACCUUUAGAAAUGAAGGCUUGGCUUGCAGGAACUCCACUGUUCCUUCUGGGCCAAAAAUUCUAUCAUCUGUCAUCUGCAGUGCAGCUGUUACUUGUCUACUAAAUGUUGCCAUAUUUCCUUUUCAUAUACAUGGCAACCCAGACAAGGUCUUUCCUCUUAACACUAUGAAAUUGUUUAGCUGAUGAAAUGCAUUUUUGUAAAAUAUUCUGAACUCAGCAUAAUUCCUAAACUAAAGGGCUAACUGCCAAGUCAUUUUGGUCCUUUAUCAAUCUCAUGAUGGGCUUUUUCAAGUGUGAGGUUCUUUCAAAAACUUUUUAUUUAUUUAAGAGACAGAGACACAGAGAUAGAGGAGACAGACAUGCACACACACACACACACACACACAGCGAGCACAUGAGAGCAAGCACUCCCACAUAUGCUGGCUCAUCCCCUAAAGGCUUGCAGUGGACUGGUCUGAAGCCCAAAGCUAGAAACCUAAUCCAGGUCUCUCAUGUGAGUGUCAGGAGCUCAACUACUUGCGCCAUCACCAGUACCUUUCAGAGUCUCUGUUAGCAGGAAGCUGGAGUCAGGAGUCAGGAGCCGGAGCCGGGUAUUGAACUCAGGUAGUCCCAUGCGGUACACGGGGCUCUCAACUGCAGUCUUAACAACCAGGCUAAAUGUGUACCCCUUUAAGGAUGUUUUAAAGUCGCUUCUUGGCUAAAAUAAAGAUUCUGCUUAAUGUGUAUCCACAAAAGCAUUAUUUUAUAAUUCUGUUUUUAAAAUGUCAGAAUCUUUUCAGGAGUGUGCUUAGGUGGUAACCUAUUCUAAAGGAUUAUGACUGUUGGCAACUCCAUUUGGUUCAUUUCUCUUGGGAGAAGGUGCAUUCUGUGGUUUGUAAUGUGGGAACUUUGCUUUCUUCAACACUGGGGAUUAUAGGCUCUGGAGACAGUCUGUUAAUUUAAAUUGGUAAUCCUAGUAAGGUUUACAUGUGUAUUUUACAUUUUCCUUUGAACAUAGAUUUUCUUUUUUGAGGUAUGUGUGGGGGUGCUGCCCAACAUAGGUUCUUGUAAAGUGUUUUGUUGAAAAUGCUAUUUGAGGGAGCUGCCCACUCCCCCUACUCUUUAGGAAGCAGUAAAGGGAGAGGAGUUUAUAGAGUGAUUUAGAAUGUAUUUCAAUAGAAGCCAAAAUCAUAGCAAAUUUUUUUUCCUGAAGAAGGUAUCUCUUAAAUUAUUCAGUGCAAUUGACAGUCAAUAAUACCCCACUGAGAAGAUUGCCAGUUGCAACCAAAAAGCAGUCUGAUGAAUUAGAGUGAGAUGAAGUCUUGUCAUUUAUGAAGACUUCUCUCUGUUCUUGAAUCUGUUAUUUGGAAUUUGGGUGGAACUUUAAUGAUGAAAAUUUACAGAUUCUAAAAUUUUCCUUCCUUCCUGAUAACCCUUAUGGGUCAAUAGGGCAGCUUUGUGUUUUACAACACAAGGUUCGGUGACCAGUAGCCCAGUCAAUUUACAGUGUACUCGAGGGGACACUCUGAUCCUGGGACCUGGAAACAGUGGAGGUGGGAUGUUGUUCCUGAGUGGCGUUAUUACCAGGACUUGACUUCAUGUAGCUUCUCUCUGCCCUGAAAGUUACAGAAGCCAAAGAAUAUUUCUUAGCUAUGCCAAAGAACUUGAUGGAGAAAUUUUUUGGAGGUGAAUUAAGCUAUUUAAAAACUUUAGCAUACAUGUAAAAUAUCUUCCAAGACUCUAAUACUAUUGUGUCGAUUCUCCGAGUUGAUAAGUUUAUCUGUAGAUCCGGAGCAUUUUGAUCAGCUGAUUGCUUACACUCAAGUGAAUUUGCUACCACAGAUGCCGGGUUUGUUAAUUUCAUGGGUGUCACAAAGAAAGGUAUGAUAACUGCUUAAUUGUCAGGUAGCUUUUUCUGACUUAGUUGGGGGAGGCGAGAGGGAAGUGUGCUGUUCACAUGUGCCUGUGAAGGAUCCCCUGGAGGAUGAGGCUGUGUACUUGAACCUCGCUGAAGGUUUGGAAGAAAAUGUUCUUUCCAUUCAGGAGUCCCUACGAGUUGCAGCAGUUACUCACGGACCUUCCCCAUGACAUGCUGGACGAUGACCUCUCCUCGCCCGAGCUCCACUACUCGGACUGCAGUGAGGAUGGCACGGAGCAACAACCGCAUCAUUCUGAGCAGCUGGAGGCGAACUGGAACGAGCAUCAAGUGCUGCCCAAAUCUCAAAGUGUAAAUGGUUUAUAUGAAAAUAGAAGCAAAACUGAAGACGGACAUCUUGAGUACCAUCCUGAAGAAGGCGGAGAUGAAGGUGGAAGUGGGUACAGUCCUCCAAGUAAAUAUGAACAGACUGAGUUAUAUCGCCUUCCUGAGAACUUCAGGCCAUACACCAGUGGUCGGAAGCAGGAAUUCAAUAGCCAGCCAACCAAUGUCAUUACGUUUUCAGAUCCUCAGAGGAACCAUUUUCAGCAUCUUGGUUCAUCACAGAGUCCCAGUUGUCCAGCUUUGGAAUCAUACAAAGUGACAUAUAAACCUUUUCAGUCUUCAGCUCAGAAUAAUGGCUCACCAGUCCAGGAGGUGGCAAGAAGUGACACAUUUGAAGGCCUGCAACAACAAUUUUUAGAAGUUAAUGAAAGGGAUUCUGCAGAAAAUAUGCAGAUUAUUCAACUUCAGGUUCUUAACAAAGCCAAAGAGAGACAACUAGACAACUUAGUUGAAAAGUUAAAUGAAAGUGAACGUCAGAUUCGGUAUCUGAAUCACCAGCUUCUCAUGAUCAAAGAUGAAAAGGAUGGAUUGAGCCUCAGCCUUCGAGAAUCACAGAAACUCUUUCAGAAUGGAAAAGAAAGAGAAGUACAGCUGGAAGCACAGAUAAAAACGCUGGAGACCCAAAUACAAGCCUUAAAAGCCAAUGAAGAAAAGAUAAUCAAGAAGUCCAGAACAACUGAGAUGGCUCUGGAAAGCUUGAAGCAGCAACUGGUUGACCUUCAUCAUUCCGAAUCACUUCAACGAGCUAGAGAGCAGCAUGAGAACAUUGUCAUGGGCCUCACCAAGAAGUAUGAAGAGCAAGUGUUGUCCUUACAGAAGAAUUUGGAUGCUACAGUUACUGCACUUAAGGAACAGGAAGAUAUUUCCUGUCAUUUGAAAGAUCAUGUGAAACAACUGGAAAGGAUUCAAGAAGAAAUCAAAUUAGAAAAGACUGAGAUCAUUAACAGGUUGACAAGAAGUCUAGAGGAGAGUCAAAACCAGUGUGCCCACUUGUUGCAAUCAGGCUCAGUACAGGAGGUGGCCCAGCUACAGAUCCAACUGCAGCAAGCACAGAAGGCGUAUGCUAUGAGUGAGAGCAUGAACAAGGCUUUGCAGGAAGAAUUAACAGCGCUAAAAGAAGAAAUUUCUCUCUAUGAAUCUGCUGCAAAACUAGGAAUACUUCCAACUGAUUCAGAAGGAAAGUUAAAUAUAGAACUCAGUGAAUCAUAUGUGGAUUUGGGUAUUAAAAAAAACAAGCAGAAGAAAUCCAAAGUUAACAGCAUAGUGCAGCAAGAAGACUCAAAUGAAGAACUUUUGAAAGAUGAGGUCAUCCUAAAGUUGAAGGCAGAAGUGCAGCGUUUGCUGGAUAGCAACUCAGUGAAGCGUCAUCUGGUGUCUCAAUUACAGAAUGACCUCAGAGGCUGUCAUCAGAAAAUUGAAGAACUCCAACAACUGAAGGAUGAGAAAAGCAAUGGAGUGGAGAAUAAAACUUCGGAAAAACCAACAAAUCAGUUAUGGCCUGACCCUUCUACGUUUGAUAUGAUUGUCAGAGAUGACAUUUUGCAACUUAAAAAUGAAAUUCAAGUUUUACAACAACAAAACCAGGAACUUAAGGAAACUGAAGAAAAAUUGAGAAAUACAAAUCAAGAUUUAUGUAAUCAAAUGAGACAGAUGGUACAGGAUUUUGACCGUGAUAAACAAGAAGCUGUGGACAGGUGUGAGAGGACUUACCAGCAGCACCAUGAAGCCAUGAAAGCCCAGAUCCGGGAAAGCCUCUUGGCAAAGCAUGCUUUGGAGAAGCAGCAGCUCUUUGAGGUUUAUGAAGGGACUCACUCGCAACUUAGGUCUGACUUAGAUAAGAUCCAUAAGGAGAUGGCUGCUGUGCAGGAAUGUUACCUAGAAGUGUGCAGAGAGAAGGAUAAUCUAGAACUGACUCUCAGGAAGACCAUUGAGAAGGAGCAGCAGGCCCAGGAGAAGAAGAGACAGCUAUUGGAGGAAAGAGAAGAAUAUGUAAGCAAACUGCAAUUGAAACUUGAAGAAAAGUACCAAGAUGCUCUUAUGGUGGAAAAGAAAAAAUGGCUGAAAGAACAAGAAACUGAUAUUAAGCAGCAGGUUGAAAAUGAAGUGGUGUUAGCCAAAGCAUACUGGGAUAAGGAACAGAAAGAGAUCAAACAAAAACUCAUCCAACAACUUGAAAAGGAGUGGCAGUCUAAGCUGGAUCAAACUAUAAAGGCACUGAAAAAGAGGACCUCCGAUUGUGGCAGCCAAACCGACCAAGUAACCACCCUUGAUGUUAUUUCCAAGAAAGAGAUGGCAGACAUGAUAGAAGAGCAGAAGCGAAAGAUCCAGCAAGAUUUAGAACAGGAGAAGGAAGUAGCUAUCAAGGGGGGUCUGAAGAAGCUCGAAAUCGAAUUGGAGCUCAAAUACUGUGAAAAUAUUGCCAAACAGGUGGAAACAGCGGUACAAAAUGCUCGUCAUCGGUGGCUGGAAGAACUGCCUGAGCUUGCGGAAUAUAAAGCGCGUGUCCGAGCAGAGCAAAAGAAGUGGGAAGAGCAGCAAGCAAUCUCUGUGGCCAAACAGAUAUCACUUGCUGUUUGCGAAGCUAAAGAGAAAUGGAAAAGUGAACUUGAAAAUAUGAAGAAAAAUGUCAUGCCUGGAAAGGAACUGGAAGAAAAGAUUCAUUCUCUUCAGAAGGAGCUGGAGUUAAAGAACGAGGAAGUCCCAGUGGUUGUCAGGGCUGAGCUGGCGAAGGCCCGGAAUGAAUGGAAUAAAGAAAAGCAAGAAGAAAUUCAGAGAAUUCAAGAACAAAAUGAGCAGGAUUACCGACAGUUUUUAGAUGAUCAUCGAAAUAAAAUUAGUGAGGUGCUUGCGGCAGCUAAAGAAGACUUUGUGAAACAAAAGACUGAACUGCUUCUUCAGAAGGAGACUGAAUUACAAGCAUGUCUAGACCAGAGUCGUAGAGAAUGGACCGUGCAGGAGGCCCGGCGGAUAGAGCUGGAAAUCUCUCAGUAUGAGGAGGACAUCCUCACCAUGCUGGGAUUUCUCUUAAGGGAUACUCAGAAGGAGUGUGUCAGUGGGUCAGAGGACUCACAGCUCAUGGAAAUAAUGUCCAUUUGUUCUUCGAAAUGGGUGUCUGUGCAAUAUUUCGAAAAACUAAAGGCCUGCAUCCAGAGAGCAUUUCAAGAUACACUCUCCUUACUUAUUGAAAAUGUCAGCCUGGAAUGGGAAAAGGCAAGUAUGGCUAAGAUCUCUGCGGAUCCUGCCGCCCAGGGCAUUGGCAGAGGAGACCUGGGAGCAACAGCAGCCCUUCCUGCGUCUACUUCUGGACACCGCGCUCAGCCACUGGCCUGGCAAGAAACAGCAGCAGAAGCUGAUAAGAAAAAGAUCCUUGAAAUUAAGAAUUUAUGCUGUGGACCCUGCUUUCAAGAACUUGAAAAGGCAAAGCAGGAAAGUCAAGAUCUGAAAAGAAAACUGGAGAAAUGCUGUAGGCAUCUUCAGCACUUAGAAAGGAAGCACAAAGCUGUAGUGGAAAAAAUUGGAGAAGAGAAUAACAAAGUUGUUGAAGAAUUAAUAGAAGAAAACAGUGACAUGAAGAAUAAAUUGCAAGAAAUGCAAGCACUUUGUAAAACACCACCAAGGUCUUUGUCAGAAGGGGCCAUUGAAAAUCCUUGCCUGCCAUGCCACAGGGAAGCCUUAGAGGAACUUCGUGGGCAGUACAUAAAAGCUGUAAAAAAAAUUAAACGUGACAUGCUUCGUUACAUUCAGGAGAGUAAGGAAAGAGCUGCGGAAAUGGUAAAAGCAGAGGUAUUGCGAGAACGCCAAGAUACUGCCCGAAAGAUGCGCAAAUAUUAUUUGACUUGCCUCCAACAGAUUUUGCAGGAUAAUGGAAAAGAAGAAGGGGCUGAAAAAAAGAUUAUGAAUGCUGCUAGCAAACUUGCUACAAUGGCAAAAUUGCUGGAAACGCCUAUUUCUAAUAAAUCCCAGAGCAAACUUACACAGUCAGUAGCCCUGCCCCUGGCUUCGGAGACACUGAUUGGAGUUGAAAAAUCAAAAAGAAAUGAAGUGCUUCAGAAUACAGCACGUUACAUUGAAAGCAGAUCAAACAGCGUCAAAAGUAUCCCCAAAAGUAUGUGUGAGCAAGUUCCUAAGAGGAGGGCUGCUUGUAACUUACGACGGCGGUUAGAGGACUCGGAGCACGGGGACACAAAACAUGUGGGUUCCAAAGGGUCCCUUUCGGACUUUCAGUUUGGAGAUAGUAGUGGCAAGCACCUAGAUGUUUUGCCCAAGAAUGUUUCUCCUGAGUUUGUUCCAUGCGAAGGUGAAGGAGGCCUUGGUUUGCACAAGAAGAAAGACCUACUCAGAGAUACUGGUUCUGAGUCACUUCCACACUCAGCCACAUACCCCUGCCCUGGAACCUUUGGAAAUAAACCCUCACCUAGAUGUGCCCCUGGUCUUUUUGAAUCAGGAUCCACACACAUCACCUUUCAGGGUGCUAAGGAAAAGCCUCUUUUGAAAGGAUACACACACAAUUCACUAAUGGCAAGUGAAAAUGCUCUGUCCGAGGAAAGCCAAAGCCUGGGUGUUCAGGAAACUCCGGUAAAGGAUGGAGGGGACCCUAGUGACUCCUUAGGCUGCCAUCCCACCAGUGCAACUCUACCCUGUAACAGCCCCGAAGUGUCAUUUUUACACAGUAGGCCGCAAAACACCUUGGAUAUACUGGGUGAAUCUGUUCAUUUCAAACAGUUUUCAGCAACCAAUUGUCUUUCAGAUACAGAGAAAAAUAAUAUGGUUUGUCAACCAAUGAAAUGUCAGAGUGAUCAUGUUCCAGACCUGUCAGAAGAAACCACGUAUUCCCAGCUAGGGAAGAUCAGUGUGACUCUUGGACACCCACCUCAUCCUAAGGCUGAUAACUUAAAGUCAGACUUCCAAACACUGAGCAGGACAGUGCCAACUUCAAUGUGUCGACAGCCUGCAAGGAAGUUAAUUCCUCCCCUGUCUAGCCAACAAGAUAGUGGCUUUGAUAGCCCAUUUGUCAAUCUAGAUUAAUCACUGAACAGUUUUUAAGAAGAAUCAUUAACAUAUUGAUCAAAUUACAAGGAAAGACUUCAUACUGAAAAAUUGUGGAUUUCUGCCUAUCUUGAGAUGUUUUAAUAACAUCUAUUAUAUGAGUAAAGCAUUCUCAUAAAGCUGUUUGGGAUAUUUAUGUUGCCUUAAUCUUCCAAAGGCCUGAUGGUAUAUGUGUAAUGUGCUUCUGUGUGGUGCUUAUAUUUGGUUGCUAAACCAUAUAUUUUUAUACUUACAAAUUGGCUCACUAUGUAGUGUUAAAUUAUUUAAAUAAACUUGCAUAUGAUCUGUA